AUGGAGCGGCUAAGGAAAAUCCUAGGAGCAAGUGUGAAAGCUGUUAAGGCUCCACUGCGUAGAGAUCACAGGACAUGCCAGGAAUAUAUCCAAGAUAGUUUGGCUAGAGGUUUUAUUCGACCUUCCUCUUCUCCUCUUGGGGCAGGUUUCUUUUUUGUGGGAAAGAAGGAUGGAGGACUGCGACCUUGUAUUGAUUAUCGGGGUUUGAAUCAAAUCACAGUCAAGAAUAGUUACCCUCUGCCUCUUAUUCCUGAACUGUUUACUUAUCUUCAAGGAGCUACAAUAUUUACCAAACUGGACCUUCGUGGUGCUUAUAACCUUAUUCGCAUGCGCAAAAGUGACGAAUGGAAGACAGCCUUUAACACUCGAUUUGGGCAUUAUGAAUAUCUGGUCAUGCCCUUUGGGCUGUGUAAUGCCCCUGCUGUUUUUCAACACUUCGUGAAUGAGAUCUUUCGGGAUUUUUUGAACUCCUUCGUCAUUAUCUACCUUGACGAUAUUUUAAUUUUUUCCCACAAUUAUCAAGAUUAUGUACACCAUGUCAGGAAGGUUUUGCAACGGUUACGAGACAAUCAUCUAUUUGCCAAGUUGGAGAAAUGUUCAUUUCAUCAAAAAUCCAUACCCUUCUUGGGUUAUGUAAUAUCUGAAUCUGGAUUUGAAAUGGAUCCGAAUAAACUUUCUUCCAUUUUGGACUGGCCUAGACCUGAUUCUCUUAAGGCUCUACAAUGGUUUCUUGGCUUUGCCAAUUAUUACAGGAAAUUUAUCAAAGGAGAAUAUAUCCAAGAUAGUUUGGCUAGAGGUUUUAUUCGACCUUCCUCUUCUCCUCUUGGGGCAGGUUUCUUUUUUGUGGGAAAGAAGGAUGGAGGACUGCAACCUUGUAUUGAUUAUCGGGGUUUGAAUCAAAUCACAGUCAAGAAUAGUUACCCUCUGCCUCUUAUUCCUGAACUGUUUACUUAUCUUCAAGGAGCUACAAUAUUUACCAAACUGGACCUUCGUGGUGCUUAUAACCUUAUUCGCAUGCGCAAAGGUGACGAAUGGAAGACAGCCUUUAACACUCGAUUUGGGCAUUAUGAAUAUCUGGUCAUGCCCUUUGGGCUGUGUAAUGCCCCUGCUGUUUUUCAACACUUCGUGAAUGAGAUCUUUCGGGAUUUUUUGAACUCCUUCGUCAUUAUCUACCUUGACGAUAUUUUAAUUUUUUCCCACAAUUAUCAAGAUUAUGUACACCAUGUCAGGAAGGUUUUGCAACGGUUACGAGACAAUCAUCUAUUUGCCAAGUUGGAGAAAUGUUCAUUUCAUCAAAAAUCCAUACCCUUCUUGGGUUAUGUAAUAUCUGAAUCUGGAUUUGAAAUGGAUCCGAAUAAACUUUCUUCCAUUUUGGACUGGCCUAGACCUGAUUCUCUUAAGGCUCUACAAUGGUUUCUUGGCUUUGCCAAUUAUUACAGGAAAUUUAUCAAAGGA